UUUAUCUUGUAACGUCCUGCAGCCAUCUACACCUGACAUUUCCGCAAGAACUUUUGCGUAGGCUCUCAGUAGCAGAUUCAAUAUUAAAAUUUAUCAUCCCAACGCUUCCAGUCUGCGACACCAAACAAAGAAUGGCGGGAAUGAAAACAAUAAUAGGCCUAGCCUUCCUCCUGGCAACGGGCAUACUUCUCGUCAUCCUCUCUUGUGCUCUAUAUGAGAACUGGCUGCCACUGUUGGUUGUGUUGACGUACGUGCUCGCUCCCAUACCUAAUAUGCUAUGUCAGAGGAUUGCGCAAGGUGGGGGUAGAGAUAUAUGGGCGGACUCCUCGGAUCAUAGAGGUAUUUUGGAGGCCGGAUACUUUAUUACAGCCUUUUUCGUAGUUUCCGGUUUUGGUCUUCCCGUGGUUCUAGCACAUGCAAACAAGAUUGCUUUCGAAGCCAUGAUACUGUCCUUUACGGGAGGAUUGUUGGUUUAUGGCACAAUUCUGGGCUAUGUACAUUUCUUUGUGACUGUUGAAGAGCCUUAUUUUUAGAUGCUGUUGCAAUACUGUGUAUCGGUGUACGUGCCCUUCUUCCAUGUACUGUCCAGCGGGUUUUACUUCUCAGCAAAUACCUUGCUACUGUGUCGAAUACUGUCAAGAUCACUCACAAAGAAAUUUGC